AUGCUUUUUAGAAACAAAACGAUUAUCCACCUUACAGACGUGGAACUGAGGAAAAUAAUUGAUAAACUGGCCCAGUUCGUUGCGAGAAACGGGCCGGAGUUUGAGGAGAUGACGAAACAGAAGCAGAAAGGCAACGCGAGAUUCGCGUUUCUGUUCGGCGGCGACAAUUUUCUCUACUACCAGUACAAAGUAAACGAGGAAAAAACGAAUUUAAUCAAAGCCAUUUUGCCUAUCAUUCUGAAGUUGUGGCGCACAAACGAAAAGCUCUCACGGUGGUCGAUUGAUGCCAUAUUAGACUCCUUGAUUAAGGUGUCGCUUCGCGUAGCCGCCAGCCGAGGCAAACCUGUAUCGGUUGUGUUAUAUGUCAAAGGACACUUCUGGGUGUGUGGUCAAGUUGAACAAGCGGUAUAUUACAUGGAAGGCGACUUGUUGAACCAGUUCGCUGAAGAGUGUCAGAUGAACUUGGACGAAUUGAUGUCCGUUAUGGACAGUCUGAAGGAAUCCUGUACAAAGGAGGCUAUAUCGUCUUGUAAAAGCUGGAUAUUCGAGCACUUCCUGUCGUUCAAGCACGGGGACACUAUUAUGCGAUUUCUCAUGAAACUGGUGAAGAAUCUUCAAGUGUCUUUUCUGCACAAGUUGCAUGUGCUCUACUUGGUAAACGAUCUUUGCCAUCAGUGUUUUCGAAAGCAAGAUGAGAACAUGCUGAUGCUUUUACGAAGGUACAUCGUCGCGUUGUACUGUGUUACUUUCCAGCAGCACGCUGACGACGAACAGCAAAGAAGCAAAUUGGAAAAGCUUGUUGGUAUUUGGGAAAAGCAGGGAUAUUUUGAUGACAGCACUCUUUCGAAACUACGAGAUGUUCACCUCGGCCUGCAGAGUUAUCAGUUGGAACUUGCGAAUGAAUACGGUACGGUCGUCUCAGAUAUAAUCCAGCGUUUCCGUGCCAGAUACCAGCAGUACGAACUUCAGCAUCAGGAAUUCGCUCGCCAUAUUCAGCAGCAGCUUAACUCGUUGGAAAGCCAACAGGAUCUGAUAGCCGGCGGUCAUUAUGCCAGCCAAGGCAGCGUUCCAUGUUCAGCCUUACCUGGUCAGCAGGUGCCUGCAGCAAGUUCGAGAAGAUCUCGAUUCGAUAGUCCCGUACCGACGUCCGGCAUACCUGGUGGACAGCCAUCGCUGCCAAUAUCGAAUCUGCCGGCACCUCAUCUCCCUUCCAGCGCAGGUGCAACCGGCUUGCUGGGCCACUGUCCACCGGGUUAUUUUACGCAGGGAGCGUGGCAAGGUUCGUCAUCUCCUGCUCUAGUGGGUGCACCGCAGGCUGUAGCUGGGCCCAUGUCUUCGGCAUCAUUCCCUGUUCCAUUCUCCGCAUCGUCGGGCAAUGUUCAGCCGUUCUACAGCCCGACUUCUGUUUCCAGUAUGUCGAGAAUGCCUACCAUAUUGCCAAACAUGCCUCCGGGGGCUAAUGUACCACCAUGGAAUGGUCCUCUACCAGCCAUGCCUUUAUCUGCACCUAGCGACAUGGCCAUGCAGAGAUGGAGCGGACCUGACGUGACGACCGUUCCUCAGUCGAGAACUGCAAUUUUGCAUCCUCCGCUGAUUCCCCCUCCAAUGUGUCCUCUAAGACCAUUUUUUGACGAACAAUCAUUGAUCCCUAAAGUCGCCUAUUAUGACUUACCGGCAGGAGUCAUGGCACCAUUGGUGAAGCUCGAGGACCAUGAGUAUAAGCCCCUGGUACCAGACGACAUACGACUACCUCCUCCGAUGCCGCCUAGUGAACGCUUAGUCUUAGCGGUAGAUGCUUUUUUUGCGCCUCCUAACCACGAAAAUCCACGUGACAGCGACGGAUGGGAACGACUCGGCUUGUAUGAAUAUUACAACCUCAAGUCUCAGACAUGUUUUGGAAACAACAAGACUUCAGACAAGUCUUCGUCAUCUGAAUCAAACGCCAGCAUUCGUUCCGACUCGCCAUCGUCGUCUACUUCUAGCAAUCGGAGUAGCUCAGGCUCACCUCGCUCUCACUCGCAUUCGUUCUCGCGCUCGAAAUCCAGAUCGAGGUCCAAAUCGAAGUCAAAGUCAAGAUCGUCCAGUCCCGUUGGCAACGAGUAG